AUGGCGACAGCAAGCACCGGCCCUUCUGGGGAUCUCACUUCCCAAAUCCUUUUGGCGUUGUCCAAGAAGGACCCCAUCCUGUCCGCCGAAUACUUCCCAGAGUUCCAAUAUGUUGACAUCAAGGCGGCUCUCGACCGACUGGCUAGUCGCUCCAUGGUGACGUAUGAGUCAAUUGAGCGCGAGGAAGCCGUCCUUGAAGCCGAGGGUGAACAGAUUGCGGAGCAUGGCAGCCACGAAGCUCGAGUCUUCGAGGCAGUGCGUAAGGCUUUGGAGGGGUUGACUAUCCAGGAGCUUGAAGCUGCUAUUGGUGACAAGAACGUCACCAAGCUGGGCCAGGGCAAGGCUUUCAAGAACAAGUGGGUGAAGAAGGAGUCCACUGGGAAGCUUGUCGCAACUACCGAAUCGAUUCAAGACGAGACCCAAGCUCAGCUCAAGGAGAUCCAGGAGAAGCAUACCCAUCAGCCUAAGGUCAUUACGGACCUGAAAAAACGGAAGCUGAUCAAGACCCAGAAGGUGAUCACUUUCAAGAUCCAGAAGGGGCCUGAAUUUGCCCUCGAGAUCAAGAAGGAAGAGACGGAUCUUACAGCCGACAUGAUUGCCUCUGGCUCAUGGAAGACGGCCAACUUCAAGCCUUACAACUUCAAGGCUCUUGGUGCUGAUCAGAAUGCCGGCGCUCUGCAUCCUCUCAACAAGGUCCGCCAUGAGUUCAGGCAAAUCUUCUUCGAGAUGGGUUUUGAGGAGAUGGAUACUAGCAAGUUCGUUGAGUCUGGAUUCUGGAAUUUCGAUGCCUUGUUUGUUCCCCAGCAACAUCCUGCAAGAGAUCUUCAGGACACCUUUUACAUCUCUGAUCCCAAGGUCGCAGCCAAGCCUGGCCCUGAGUCGAAGGACGACAAGAAGGAUUAUGAGGCGUACUGGGAGAAUGUUAAGCAGGUACACCAGGAUGGCAAGUUUGGUUCGAUUGGGUAUCGAUACCCCUGGGCUGCCGACGAAUCUCUUAGACUUGUGCUUCGCACACACACGACCGCUAUUUCCACUGCAGUGCUUCACCAACUGGCUUCCAAGAAGGGACCAGACGGCAGACCCCCCCCUGCGCGUUACUUUUCAAUUGAUAGAGUGUUCCGUAACGAGAGCGUUGACGCUACGCAUUUGGCAGAAUUCCACCAGGUCGAAGGUGUCAUUGCUGACUACGGCUUGACUCUCGGUGGUCUGAUGGAGUUCAUGGAGAUCUUUUUCAACAAGAUGGGCAUCACAGAUAUCAAGUUCAAGCCCGCUUACAACCCUUACACCGAACCCAGUAUGGAGAUCUUCUCUUUCCACAAGGGCUUGAACAAGUUGGUUGAAAUUGGCAACAGCGGUAUGUUCAGACCGGAGAUGCUUGAGGCGAUGGGCUUGCCCAAAGACCUGAGAGUGUACGGGUGGGGAUUGAGUCUGGAGAGACCAACCAUGAUUAAAUAUGGCAUCUCUAACAUUCGCGAGUUGCUUGGACACAAGGUGGAUCUGAACUUCAUCGAGAGGAACCCGGCGGUGAGACUAGAGAAAAACUAG